AUGUUGGUUUUCGACGCUGUUUUUCUGAUUGCGAUCUCAACCUUGGUCUUUUGUUGGCUGCUGUUGCGCUUGAACACUACUUCUCGUCGCCGUUCCAUCUUCAAAUUUAGCAUCUUCUUCGGAACGGAAAGGGGAACCGCGAAGCGAUACGCUUAUCACCUUGAAAAUGUUCUUUCUCGGGCGCCGGAAGUCGAUGUAUCUGUAGCUGAUUUGGCCAAUUUCCAUAGGGAUUUGCUCUGCUAUGGAGGAUUGGACUUAAAUAUUUUUAUCGUGGCUACCUAUGGUGAUGGUGAACCACCGGACAGUGCGCUUGGUUUUAGCACGUGGCUUCGUACACAGUGUGAACCCAUUUCACAUUUUAAUUAUUCGUUAUCAGUUUUUAAGGUGUUCGGUUUGGGAGAUUCUGGCUAUCUCCAAUUCAAUGAAUUUGCCAAACAAGUCGAUCGUAACUUGUCUUUCCUGGGAGGUUUACGCAAAGUUCCACUUUACCUUGGGGACGCAGCGCGCAACUUAGAGGCUGAUUUUCGUCUUUGGCAGCUGUCAAUUUGUCAGUUAUAUAAUCUGACUGAAUGUCACCUUAAUGUACCUUUGUUUACCAGUGAGGAAUUGGCGUUCACCUAUCUUUCUUCCACUGAAGUUGAAAAACUUGGAGGGCCAUUUACUGGAGAGCCCGAGUACCGUCUUUCUUUUCGUUUUAAUUCACCUCAGCUGCCGUCGACUGAAAAUAAGAGUGUUAUCUCACCUUCCAGGCCUUUUUCACCGGCAAAUCCGUUCUUGGCUACCGUUAUCGGCAACACAGAGCUUCUAAAUUGUACUGAUCUGUCUUGCCGUCUCAUAGAAUUAAAUCUCAACAAUUCAGCUAUCAGAUAUGCUCCAGGUGAUCAUCUGGCUGUUCUCCCGCAAAAUUCAGAAGACCUUGUCCAGAGACUGUGUACAAUUUUGAAAGCUGAUUUGGAGCAACAUAUUUAUGUAAAAGGUGCUGUAGAUCCACUAUUUCAGUCGAUUUUUUUUUACAAUGGUUUAUUGUCAUUUGAAGCAGUGAAUGGCAAGCUUUAUGCGGGUACUACAGGGUUUGAGCUUUUCUUGCUUGGAAUAGGUUCAACUAGAAAAUGCCUCAGCCACUUUCCUACACCAUGCACAUUUCGAACAGCAUUCACUCACUACUUGGAUCUAACCACUCCUCCUUCAUUCGAUAUCCUUGGGUGUUUGGUUCAAUGUACGAAGUCCAAAUGCGAUCGAGCAUUUAUUCAAAAUCUCAUCACCUCACAAGCGAGUGGUACCGGGGAAGGAACCUACGAGAAGUGGAUUUUAGGGGCAAGACGGAGUGUUGUUGAGGUGUUAGAGGAUCUGCCCUCAUGCAGACCAUCGACUGAUCUCCUCUGUCGAAUGUUGCCACGUCUUCAACCUCGCUUUUAUAGCGUAGCCUCUUCUUUUCGAUAUCAGCCUGACAGAGUACGCCUUAUCGUCAAGGUCUUAGAAUACACAUCUACCACUGGUCGAUUGCACAAGGGUGUUGCUAGCACCUUUCUGUCCAACAUGCACUUGGGCGAUCGUGUGGCAGUCUUUCUGCGAAGGUCGGAAUUCCGAUUGCCUCGGAACCCGUUGACUCCAAUCGUGAUGAUCGCUGCCGGCACAGGCAUCGCUCCCUUUCUUGGCUUUCUGCAAGAAAGGAGCUUUAUCAAGUCGAAAGGUGGAAAGUUGGGCGAAGCGAUGUUGUUUUAUGGCUGCCGCAGCCGCAACCAGGAUUGCAUUCUUCCUGACGAGUUAGUUGAUGCGCUUAAUAGUGGCGUGCUUUCUCGCCUUCAGUUUGCCUAUUCACGAGAGCAGGAGCAAAAAGUUUACGUACAGCAUCUUCUGCGUGAUUGUGCUGAAACCGUUUGGUCCCUUUUGAAAGCCAAAAACGGUCAUAUUUAUGUUUGUGGGGAUUCUAAGGGCAUGGCUCAAGACGUAAAGGGCGCUUUGGUGGAAAUAUUCCAACAGCAGGGUUCUCUAACAUCGGCUGAAGCUGAUGAAUUUUUCCAAAUAUUGAAAUUGGCCAGACGUUGCAUAUUCGAUACAUGGAUUUGA